AUGACAUCUGUCUGCUGCCCGCACGGGCUGGCGUUGCUGCUGGCUUUUGUGGCUUGCAACACGAUGCUUCCUGUGGUGGGCACUGCCCUGGGGACCUUUGACCUUGGCGAACAUCAGCAGCCCGUCGAGCUGCAGGUGGUCCGAAGCCCGCCCCCGCCUCCGGCAGCAAUGCAACAGGAACAGUGGCUCAUACAGCCCUCGGACACUCGAUACGGCGGCUGUCGUGCCGCACAGCGUACGAGCCCCAAGGUGUUCAAUCCCGCAGCCCAGUCCUGUCUUCCUUACUACACGGAUUCAGCGACGGCGGCCUCCUACCAGCUCUGUCCUGGACACCAUCUUCAGAUCCGCCAUCAACAAGCACAGGGGCAACGGCGCGCCACCAUCAUGCUGCCUUUUAUUCGUUCAACAUCUGCGCAGCUGGCCUUUUAUGCAGCCCCGCCCACCCAGGCUUGUCCUACCAAUGCGAGCGCGCACUAUCACGCCACUGUUCACUACCAGUGCCAUUACCAGGAUCAGGAUAAGGUGCUUGGUGUUGUUCAGCACUCCAACUGUCACUUUGCCGUACGCAUAGCCUCUUUCGCGGCCUGUCCCCCGCCGCAGCUUGUCACCUGCCAUGCACCUCCAGUACCUCGUCCCAAGCUUCCCUUGUAUCCCGCCUAUGUCGGCCGAUAUACUUGUCAAGGCUAUCAAAGCAUCAAGCUCCGCACGUUGGCGUAUGCAUGCCCGCGCUUGCAUGCUCCCUACUCAGCUCACCGUCAAUGUCGCCACCCCAAGGCCUCCCUUGCCACAGUUCUCUUGUAUUUUGUGCACACCGGUACCCAUGGCGCCUACUUGGCCACCAGCAUGAUGAUUCCGGACCGUGGGUUUCGACUUGAGUUCCACCGUUGGCUGUUGCAUCCUGACGGAUUUGGCCCCGUAUCCAUCGACCUGCGCUCAACUUUCAGUAAAAAGACGUUGAUCGGAGUCGUCUCGGAAUGUGGCAGUGGGCCAACCCAUUUGCGCGCAACAUCACCCAGCAACCCUGCCUUUGCUUCGGUGCAGCACCUCCUCGCCUCGGACCCAACAUUGCUUGCACAUCCCGUGUCUCGAGGAGACAAAGCCGACAUUUUGCUCGCCACUUUGGAGGAUCUGUUGGCCGUAGUGCUUCCAGAACAACAGCCCGACAAGCCAGAUGACAGUGCGCCAUACGUCAAGGACAGUGCCAACGCCAAACUAAAGCAAGGAACAAAGGGUCAGCGAGGCUCCACCAAAACCACGACGGCGACCCACAGCUCCAAGAUAGAGCAUUCUACGCCGUCAAGCCAGGAUGCUGCAACUGCACAUCGCCGCUUACACGAGGAACAGCUCGAGCGUCACCACCGGCGGCAUCACGAUCAACAGGCGACCAUACAUCCGGCGAGCCAGGGCCCCGCAAACACCAUUGCCGACGAGCAUGCACGCCUGCACGAGGAACAUGUUCGACACUUUCACAGCGCAAGAGUCGCUCCACACGCGGAGCCACAGGCAGCUCAAGAGCACCCAGAGGCUCCGUUAGAACCCGCACUGGCUCGCGAGCCUGCCGCUCAAAUAAGGGAACCCAAUUUGCCGGGCGAAGAGCACGAUGCGAUGGCGCUGCACCGUGAGGCUCAUGAACGCGCAGUGCGCCAGAGCCACGAGCAACAUGCACAACAUCAUGCCGAGACUGCCCAAACGGCCACGGAACAAGCGGAUGUGCUUGCCCUCUUAAGCACGUUGAUGGAUGCCCUAGCUUUGGCUCCCGAAGAGACGUUUUCUCUCUUUUUUUUUUCCUUUUUUGGCGGCGACGGGGUGCGCACGGAACGUGGUGAGGAGAGAGAGAGAGAGAGAGAGAGAGAGAGAGAGAGAGAGAGAGGGCUGAAGAAGCCGCCAAUCGUGUAUGCCAGCGCGGCUGAGGCCGAGUACUUUGCUCGCAAGCCCAAGGGCGCCUGCUCUCCCUACGCCCUUUUCAUGGCGGAUCAUUGGACCGCGACCAAUGCACAAAACCCCAACCUGAGCUCACGAGAAGUGACCAAGCUCGUUGGCCAGGCCUGGCGAGAUUCAACUGACGAGCAGCGCAAUGUCUACCAAAUGCGCGCCAAGGCCGAUCGGGACCGGUACAACGUUGAAUUCGCAGAGUGGGUGGCCCAAAAGCCGCCCGAGGUGGAUGAAGAAUUGGUGCGCAAACGUGCCAAGGUCGUUGUUCAGACUUCGCCCGAUGGCACGCCCGCACGAAAAUCGGGCUCUCGACCGAGCAACCCAUCACCCCUCAUGUCCGUAUCGGGAGCCCUCGCGUCUUCACGUCCCUCAAGCGCGGCCAGCAACACCAGCAAGGCUGAAAGCAACCGCCGCCGCCCCAAAUCUUCAGGCCGGUCAUCCCGUCCCCCUUCAACCACCCCUCCCAGUGCCGCCCCGACCCCCGUACCCACCUCGUCUCCGUCUCCAACGCCAGCCCGGGCCUUGGGUUCAACAUCAGCUUCUGCCUCAUCGCGCAAGGCCUCAAACCGCCCCGUUGGCAAGCGUUCUUCCAGCACCGUCUCGGCCAGCGCGACACGGUCGUCUGCCGCCGAAGCCUUUCCGCCUACGCCGAAAAGCAAUGACGCAUCUCGAUUCGUGAUUGAGCGGCAUAGCCAGCCCGUCUUGGCCUUGCCCCCGGAUGAUGAAGACAUGUUUUGUGGCAUCUGUACGCAGAGCUUUACCACUGUUCAUAACAAGCAAGAGCACAUGAGUAGUAGGCGACACCUGCAGCUUGCGGCCCAACAUGGUGACCGCCACCUGCCUGUCAAGGUGUUUACAGACGAGUUUAUCAACUUCCAUCGAGCUCGAGUGACCAGCUUGAGGACAUUGGAGCGAGAAAUGGAAGGUCUCGAUGCCGAGUGCGCAGAGCUUCGAACCACGGUGGAAGAAUUGCAAGUCACUCAGGAGAGCAUGCGUUUGGAAAAGCGACGUGUGGAACAAAGCAAUCGUGACCUGACUGAGCGCCUGACUGUGGCAUACGAGCGCAUCCGCCAAGCCUUGGCCAAUUGUAGCCCCCCGCUGGCAGAUCAUCAGUUGCCCAGUCUAGACCUCUCCAAGGAUCUUCAACAACAAGGUGCUUAUGUGACUGUGUUUGCCAUGUGUUAUACUCUGCGUUGUGUGUUCUAA